AUGAAAUCUCUCCAAAAAUUACUCAAAAACAAUAAGGACAUGGGACAUUAAUACAUUGAUUUUAUGUAGCUUUUUGAGAAGAAAUUGAAAUCAUGUAUCAUCAAUCACAACUCGCGUAAGAAUAUUCUUGCUCAAUACAAAUAACAGCAAUAUGUUCAUUCACCCAUGCCAUUUUUUGAAUCUGAAGAACUUGUAGUUUAUGGUUCAUUUGAGAAUAGCAAUAUUCAUGGAUGUUGUCAAGAAGAAAAAGGAGUAUUGAAUGUUCUACUUUCAAGUGAUACGAAUACUUAAGGUUGCACUUAAUGGUUUUAUUUUGGCGUCAAGAUGCACAAUGAAGGAAGACUCAAAAUAAGGAUCUUAAAUAAUCGUCGUUAAAAUACACUCUUUAAAGAUUGCAAUCAUGUUUAUGUGUAUGAUAAUGAAAAAUGGUCCGUAGGUAAAACCAAUGAGAUGUACUAUUAUAGAACAAACAUCAAUCAUCCAUUUUAUCAUCACGAAGACGCUGGCAUAGCUUAACUUUAAUAAAACUUCUCCUUGUACACAUUAGAAUUCACUUAUGAAUUCAAAUAAACUGAAAAAAUAGUAUUUUUUGCAUUAACUCGACCAUAUCCAAUAAAGAAACUCUAAAGAUUUAUUGAUCAAUGUCCAUUACAAAGGAAAUCCGUAUGUAUAACAACCUUAGGAUUACCGAUUUGGUAGAUCAAGACUCCAAAGUAGAAUGGAUAAUAAAUCGUGGUGAUUUUGGCUAGACAACACCCAAGUGAAACUGCUGGAUCAUUUAUUUGUCAAGAAAUCUUACGUAUUUUAUGCAAAGGACACUCAUGUAUGCAAAAGUUUAGAUUCAUAAUAUAUCCAAUGGUAAAUCCAGAUGGAGUGUUUCUGGGUAAUUCUCGUUGUAAUUUUAAUGGCAUCGAUUUAAAUAGAAAAUGGGACAAUCCAAAAUAAAAAACAGAACCUGAGGUCCAUUAUGUUUAUAAAUCAAUUUCAAAAUAUUCUAAUAUCGCAUUUAUGAUAGAUCUACAUGGUCACUCAAAAAAGUUCAAUCAAUUCCUUUAUGGCUGUUUACAUGGCAAGAGUGUCUCAGAAUACAUGAGAAUAAGAUAAUUCGGAAAGAUUCUCGCUCAUCAUAAUGAAAUUUUCUCAUUCAAAAGGGAUUGUUCAUAUGGUGUUAGUCCUGAUAGAGUUGGUACGGCCAGAGUGGCAUUAUGGAAGAGAUUGAAUAUAGCAAAUUCAAUGACAAUAGAAACAAGCAUCUACGGGUAAAUGGGACGAGCCUUUGGCUUAGAAGAUUACCAUGCUCUUGCUUAAAAUAUAUUGCAUGCCCUCGAUCUUUACAAUGAAUAAGUGGACUCGCCAGAAUUGAAUAUCAAUAGAGAGAUGAGCAAGGCACUGAAAUAUGAUAGUGGAAGUGAUUCAGAAGCAGAAUAAGAUUUGAUUAUUCCAAGACCAAAUAGGAUAAAAAUCACUUCCAGGAAAGAGUCUUCGUGUAAACACUAAUCUGUUGGAUAUGGAGGAAUCAAACCAAAAUUAGAGACUCCUCAAUUGAUACAUCAACAUAGUUAAUUUUUUAAGGAUUAGUCCUUUGUUGAAUUGUAACCGCAGCCCUCAAAACUUCUAAGUCACAGUUCCAACAAAGUCCAACUUCAGAAGAUAAGGUCUCGAAUGAAUUCAUUUUAAAGCCAAUACAUAGAAGAAUAGCCUAAAUUGGGAAGUAUGAUUUCAGCUUUGCAAGUUAAAUAAUUAUUUAAAUGA